AAGACACACGGUCCCCAAGGUAAACCAGCUGACGGCUACUUACAUGGCAUCCGUCUUUCAGAGUUGGAGAAGGCUAGAGACGCUGGAGCCCAGUUGCUGAAGCAUUGAACAGAGAGAGAGGAGGAGAAAGAGAAGGAACUCACCUCCCCUGGGAUUCUGCCCCCGUGAACAGAUUCUGAUUUAUUUCCUUGCCUGGCAACUGUUGUCUUGCGGGGCUGGUGGGGUUUUUUUUGUUUUACAUGUUUACGAGCGUGCAGGAAGUUAUCUGAGCGAUCGUUGUGCUGAGCGGAGCACAGGGAUUGGUCCCGCUAGCGAUAACAGUAGAUGCUGAGCUGCUCUCUCUCUCUCUCUCUCCCCUCAGUUUCAACCAGGUGUUGCUCGCUGCUGUCAGUCGCCGUUGAGUCUCUGAGUGUGUCUCUCUCUAGCCCCGAGGGUGGGGGAAAAAGUGACUGGAUGAUCUGAUGAGAGGGGCAUCAGGAUACAUUCUACCAUGGCAGCAGGAACAGAGGGCUUGGAAGGCAUAGUCAUGAGUCCCAGUCAGAUCAGUAUGAAUGUGACUGACACUACAGCAUGGGCUACUGCGAUGAACAACCUGGGGAUAACACCAGUCGGACUGACUGGCCCACCACUGGUAUCAGAUCCCAUCUGUGUUCCAGCGUUUGACCACAGCCUUGGAUUAAUGACAGGAAUGGCUCCAGUCAACCCGAUGAUGACCGGCAUCAGCCUGCUGCAACCGGCAGCCCCUCCGGGUUUAUCCAUUAUGAAAGAAAUCAUCCACUGCACAAGCUGUACCCUCUUUCCCGCCAAUCCAAAUCUGCCCCCGCCAGCCACUCGCGACCGCCCACCCGGCUGCAAGACGGUGUUUGUGGGCGGCCUGCCGGAGAACGCCGGUGAGGAUGAGAUCCGCGAAGUCUUCGAGAAGUGCGGCGAGAUCACGGCCAUCCGCAAAAGCAAGAAGAACUUCUGCCACAUCCGCUUCGCCGAAGAGUUCAUGGUGGACAAAGCCAUCUACCUGUCAGGCUACCGUAUGAGGCUGGGGUCAAGCACGGACAAGAAAGACACAGGUCGGCUACAUGUGGACUUUGCUCAGGCUCGGGACGAUUUUUACGAGUGGGAGUGUAAGCAGCGGAUGUUGGCCCGGGAGCAACGGCACCGGCGCAUGCUGGAGGAUGAACACCUGAGACCACCCUCCCCUGCACCAAUUGUACACUAUUCGGAGCAUGAGGCCAGCCUCAUGGCUGAGAAACUCAAAGACGACAGCAAGUUCUCGGAAGCCAUCUCGGUGCUGCUGGCCUGGUUCGAGCGGGGAGAGGUGACCCGUCGCUCAGCCAACAAUUUCUACUCCAUGAUCCAGUCAGCCAACAGUCACAGCCGCAGGCUGAUGAGUGAAAAGGCAGCGCACGAACAAGAGAUGGAAGACGCCAAGGAGCGAUUCAAAAAUGCUCUAACGCGGAUCCUGACUGGAUUUGAGCAGAUUGUUGCAGUAUUCAAGGCUGCCUCGAAGCAAAAGGCUUGGGACCAUUUUACAAAAGCUCAACGCAAGAACAUUGAUAUGUGGCGAAAGCAAGCUGAGGAAAUCCGGAAUGUGCACAGUGAAGAACUGAUGGGAAUUCGUCGUGAAGAGGAGAUGGAAAUGUCUGAUGAUGACUACGAAGAAAGCCCAAGUAAAUUAGCCCCUGAUGAGGAGUCUGCCCUCGCUGCCCAGGCGCGUGCCCUGAAGGAAGAGAAUGACAGUCUGAGGUGGCAGCUGGAUGCCUAUCGGAAUGAGGUGGAGCUGCUUAAACAGGAGCAGGGCAUGUUCCAGCGCAUGGACGAAAGCCACAGCAAGGACCAGCAGCUGCAGUUUCAGCAGCAAGCAAUGCAGGGCAUGCAACAACAACUGCUCACACUACAAGAGGAAUGCAGAAAGAAGGAGCUGGAGCUGGAGAAAAUGAAGGAAGAGAACUCGCAAGUGCAGGUGUUGCUUGCAACGCUGAAAGAAAAGGAGAUGAAUGGUUUCAGUUUGUCCAUGUCUACUCAAGGCAGCCAGACCAGCGAGCGAUGUCCUAUCUCCUGGCCACUCAAAUCCGAGAAAGAAGCUUUAUUAGUAGGUAUUAUUUCAACUUUCCUUCACGUACAUCCAUUUGGAGCUAACAUUGAAUAUCUGUGGUCUUACCUACAACGACUAGAUGCUAAGAUAUCUUCGGGUGAGAUCGAGAUGUUGCUCUCCCAGCUGCCGCACAUGUUUAAACAGGAAUUCACUGGCGUCGGUGCCACACUGGAGAAGAGGUGGAAAUUCUGCGCCUUCGAAGGGAUUAAGACAGUCAGCCAAUGAGCCGAGAGUGGAGAGCUUCACUAAUCGAUUUCGUGUGACAGUUCAAAGUUUAUCCAUCAGUGAGUGUGAACUCUGGUAACUAUGAGGAGGAUUAAAGCUGCAGAGCCGUUCAGGCUUGAGAUCAAACUGCUGUUGUAUCACUGGUGACUAAAAACCUAUCUGUGCCCUGGUUACUGACCUGUGUCAGAAUACCAGAAACUCCCAUUACCUGACUUCUUGCAACCCCUCGACAAUGAGGGGGGGGGGGGAAGCAAGGGGGCAUUGCUUGGAGAUCAUACCAAACCACCGUAAGAAGAAAAGUUGUAUAUCGUUGGGAAUCCCCGCGGGUGGCUACGCUGGAGAGAGAACUGCAUUCUGACGAUCCAGAAACCGGCUGCAAAGUUCAGACUGGGGGGCUGUUACCACAGAAAGGGCCCUGCUGUGGGGAGAGCAUGUUGGGAAACACGCCAAGGCACAGAGCUCAAGAGAAAAACGGGAGCCCAGAGUGAUGCCCCACUUCCUCAGGCACAACACAGACUGAGGUCUCUCUCUUCCUCCUCACUGAGGGUCAGACUGAAAUGUGUUAAAAGCACCAUGGGAAUGGUGAUUCUUUUCUGCUUCCUGAUAUACACAUGACCUUCGUACUGGCUGCACCACACAGAUGG